UUUGUCACAGUGUAAGCAAAGACACUGGGGGAUAAAAUACACUGUCCUUGCUCCUCUAAAGUACACGGAAUUUACCUGUUUUACGCGGAUCUAUUCUCAUGCCAACAUUGGAUAUUUAUGAAGAACUAUAUCGGUUUAUAUCCACUGUAGCUUGAGGAGAAAAAAAAGGAAGCAAUAAUGGAUCAGAAUCUAUUUGGUGGGGCUCCACGCUUUCUAACUCGACCUAAGGCCUUUCAACUGAGUGUGGGACGAGAUGCUUCCCUCAGCUGUACUAUCGUAGGAAACCCUGUACUUGCCGUCACUUGGGAGAAAGAAAAACUGAUUCUUUCGGCAGGGGGGCGCUUCAAAACGGUUGAGGAUGGGGACGUUUAUCGACUCACUAUCUACGAUCUAACGCUAGAAGACAGUGGGCAGUACAUUUGCCGUGCCAAGAACAAUGUCGGAGAGGCGUAUGCAGCCGUUACCCUGAAAGUAGGAUUGCCGUCAGCUGUGGGAGAUCGUGCUCCAGUCUUUAUAGUGAAGCCUGUCUCCAGCCGAGUGGGUCUAGGCGGGGAUGUGACCUUCUAUUGCCGUGUUGCAGCCCAUCCAACACCAAAUUUUGACUGGGAAAAGGAUGGCCGCUACCUGAGUGAGACCAACCGCAUCAAGAUUACCUCAGAUAGCGAAUCCAGCUCCUUGCGGAUCCAAAGCGUCCGGAGCAUGGACAGUGGUUCGUACACCUGUCGGGUGCAGAACUCCAUUGGUCGUGCUCAAUCCGCUGCCGCUCUGGUGGUGGACAUGCAGGACACUCGUUCGCUCAAUGCAGACAAGAGCACAUCCCUCCUCUCACACAUGCAGAAGCGAAAAGAAGAGAUGCAAAAGGACAUCUCCAUCUACCGCACCACAGAAAGCACCACAACCUCCUCCUCAAAAAUCUCAGAAGAACAUGGCAGCUUCGGUUUUGGGUCCUACGAUCAUGAGCAGAGGGUUUCUGCCUUGGCCUUGGCGAGCAUGUUGCCUAAAGGUGUGUUUACCCGCACCUGUACAGUGACAGAGGGUAAACAUGCCAAGCUCAGCUGUUUCGUCACAGGCCAUCCUAAACCACAGAUUAUCUGGCGGAAGGAUGGGGUUAACAUUGGCGAGGGCCGCAGACAUGUUAUGUAUGAGGAUCAGGCAGAGAAUUUCAUCCUCAAGGUCCUCUACUGCAAGCAAAAUGAUAAUGGGCUGUAUACCUGCAAUGCAUCCAACAUGGCUGGACAAACCUACAGCGCUGUGCUAGUGACUGUUAAAGAGCCAAAGAUUCCAUUCAAGAGAAAGUUGCAGGAUGUUGAGGUAAAGGAAAAGGAAAUGGCGACUCUGCAUUGUGAGGUACCAAUGCCAAACACCAAAGCUAGCUGGUACAUGGAAGAGACUCGUCUAGAAGAAAGCUCCAAGUACCACAUGAAUGAGGAGGGCACCGUGCGCCGGCUCAUAAUUACCAAUGUUACCACCAACGAUGAUGCCGUCUAUAUCUGCGAGAUGAAGGAGGGCAGUCGCACUGUGGCAGAACUAACAGUUCUGGGCAACAUCACUAAAAAGCUGCCCAGGAAGACAGUGGUGCCAGUUAGUGAUACAGUGAUUUUCUGCGUGGAACUGGAGCAACCAGUAGACGAUGCAUAUUGGACCAGGAAUGGAGAGAGGCUAAAAGAGGACUCCCGAAUUAUCAUUGCCCGCAUAAACAGACAGUACACCUUAACUAUUCGUGAAUGUACCACAGAGGACUCGGGUGAGGUGGCCUUCAUCGCCCGUGACUGCAAGACAUCCACUCGCUUCUCUGUCACUGCACCGAGGAAACAUCCACCAGAUCCCCCAGUUGAACCAGUGGUGCGGAAUAAGACAGAUUCAUCUAUCACGCUGGGCUGGUCCCCACCAGACACUGACCGGCCUGUCCCCAUUACUGGCUAUAUUGUGGAGCGCAGGAAGGUGGGAGUCCAAACCUGGGUUAAAAUCACUACUACAUCUGUGUCUACCACUGAAUACACCAUUAGCAACAUCCCAGAGGAAGCAAGCUAUCAGUUCCGUAUCUCGGCAGUCAAUGAUUUUGGCCAGAGUGCUUAUUUGGAGGUUCCUGGAACGUUCUACCUUGAGCCCACAGCGUCAGUGAAGAUAGGCCUUGUAAACUGUAGUGCACAUGCUGGUGAAGAAGCUACCUUCACUGUCGAGCUGUCAGCUGUAUGUUCAGGUUCCUGGAGCAUAAAUGAUCGAAUGAUCCGUAGUGGAUCUGAGUACCUGAUCACACGUUCAAAGAACACACACACAUUGGUCAUCAGGGAGGUGUCCAUGGGACUGGAUGGGGCGCAGGUCAAAUUUGUUGGUGGUGGAUCUCAGAGCACGGGAACCCUCAGUGUAAAGGCUCCACGUGCACGCUUCAUCAAGUCAUCUCAAGUGGAGGUGUUUACCUUCAGUGUACAUUCCUCAGCACAGAUGUACACAGAAGUGUCCGAUUCAAGUGUCCAGGUGGUCUGGAUGAAGGACGGAAAAGAGUUGAGGAUGGGGAAAAAAUAUGAAGCAACAAGUGUGGAUUGCAAACGGAUACUAACAGUCCACAACGUUACCCAUGAAGAUGUGGGCAUCUACGAGUGCAUCUGUGAUGGUGAUAAAAUAUCUGUUCAUCUUGCCCUUAAAGAAGAACCAUCUAAGUUUGUUAACAAGCCAAGGGCCCAGACCCAGGAGAGCAAUGCUCUGAUGGGUGACGUGGUGUUGAGCUGUGAGGUUGCUUCUUCUGGAACCACUGUUGUGUGGAAAAAAGAUCAGAAAGAAAUAAUAGAGGACACAAGGACAACCUUUGUCUCUCAGGGGACACAAAGAAAGCUGAUCAUCAAGGGUGCCAAGCAGAGCGAUGAAGGACGCUACUCAUGUGAAACGCAAGAGGACAAGAUGACAUUCCUGGUCAAGAUAAAAGAAACCCAGGCUGCUUUUUCAAAUAAAGACUCUUAUCAGAAGGAAGUCAAAGUGUCAGUUUCCCAAAAAGCCACAUUGAGCUGUGAAGUUUCUGACUCUAAGACUGAAGUGAAAUGGUUCAAGGAUGGCAAGCAGGUGUUUUCCAGUAAGAGUGUCUAUAUAGAGUCAAAGGGUAAGAGCCGUCAGCUGGUGUUGGAAAGCGUGGAGAAGAACGAUGCUGGACAAUAUACCUGUGAAGUUGGAAAUGAGAAGCUGACCUUUAAGAUUCUGGUGGAAGACAUUCAAGCUGCCUUCUCCAACAAGGACACCUAUCAGAAAGAAGUCAGAGUAUCAACCUCUCAGAAAGCCAUAUUGAGCUGUGAAGUUUCUGACUCUAAGACUGAGGUGAAAUGGUUCAAGGGUGGCAAGCAGUUGUUCUCCAGUAGGAGUGUCCAUAUAGAGUCAAAGGGUAAGAGCCGUCAGCUGGUGCUGGAAAGCGUGGAGAAGAAAGAUGCUGGGGAAUACACCUGUGAAGUUGGAAAUGAGAAACUGACCUUUAAGAUUCUGGUGGAAGAUGUUCAAGCUGCAUUCUCAAACAAGGACACCUAUCAGAAAGAAGUCAAAGUGUCAGUUUCCCAGAAAGCCACACUGAGUUGUGAAGUUUCUGACUCUAAAACUGAAGUGAAAUGGUUCAAGGAUGGCAAGCAGUUGAGCUCCAGUAAGAGUGUCCACAUAGAGUCAAAGGCCAAGAGCCGUCAGCUGGUGCUGGAAAGUGUGGAGAAGAAGGAUGCUGGACAAUACACCUGUGAAGUUGGAAAUGAGAAGCUGACCUUUAAGAUUCUGGUAGAAGAUGUUCAAGCUGCCUUCUCCAACAAGGAUACCUAUCAGAAAGAAGUCAAAGUGUCAGUUUCCCAAAAAGCCACAUUGAGCUGUGAAGUUUCUGACUCUAAAACUGAGGUGAAAUGGUUCAAGGAUGGCAAACAGUUGAGCUCCAGUAAGAGUGUCCACAUAGAGUCAAAGGCCAAGAGCCGUCAGCUGGUGCUGGAAAGCGUGGAGAAGAAAGAUGCUGGAGAGUACACCUGUGAAGUUGGAAAUGAGAAACUGGUCUUUAGGAUUAAGGUGGAAGACGUUCAAGCUGCCUUCUCCAACAAGGACACCUAUCAGAAAGAAGUCAAAGUGUCAGUUUCCCAGAAAGCCACAUUGAGCUGUGAAGUUUCUGACUCUAAAACUGAGGUAAAAUGGUUCAAGGAUGGCAAGCAGUUAAGCUCCAGUAGGAGUGUUCAUAUAGAGUCAAAGGCCAAGAGCCGCCAGCUGGUGCUGGAAAGCGUGGAAAAGAAAGAUGCUGGAGAAUACACCUGCGAAGUUGGAAAUGAAAAACUGGUCUUUAGGAUUAAGGUGGAAGACGUUCAAGCUGCCUUCUCCAACAAGGACACCUAUCAGAAAGAAGUCAAAGUGUCAGUUUCCCAGAAAGCCACAUUGAGCUGUGAAGUUUCUGACUCUAAAACUGAGGUGAAAUGGUUUAAGGAUGGCAAGCAGUUAAGCUCCAGUAAGAGUGUCCACAUAGAGUCAAAGGCCAAGAGCCGCCAGCUGGUGCUGGAAAGCGUGGAGAAGAAAGAUGCUGGAGAAUACACCUGUGAAGUUGGAAAUGAGAAAUUGGUCUUUAGGAUUAAGGUGGAAGACGUUCAAGCUGCCUUCUCCAACAAGGACACCUAUCAGAAAGAAGUCCAAGUAUCAGUUUCCCAAAAGGCCACAUUGAGCUGUGUAGUUUGUGACCCUAAAACUGAGGUGAAAUGGUCCAAGGAUGGCAAGCAGUUGAGCUCCAGUAAGAGUGUCCACAUAGAGUCAAAGGCCAAGAGCCGCCAGCUGGUGCUGGAAAGCGUGGAAAAGAAGGAUGCUGGAGAAUACACCUGUGAAGCCGGAUAUGAGAAGCUGACCUUUAAGAUUCAAGUCACAGACAUUCUGCCUGCCUUCGCAAACAAAGAUACCUAUCCAAAAGACAUCAAAGUAUCAACCUCUCAGAAAGCCACAUUAAGCUGUGAAGUUUCUGACUCUAAGACUGAGGUGAAAUGGUUCAAGGAUGGCAAGCAGUUGAGCUCCAGUAAGAAUGUACACAUAGAGUCAAAGGCCAAGAGCCGUCAGCUGGUGCUGGAAAGUGCAGAGAAGAAGGAUGCUGGGGAAUACACCUGUGAAGCUGGAAAUGAGAAGCUGGUCUUUAAGAUUCUGGUGACAGAGCCCAAAGCAGUCUUCACCAACAAGGACACCUAUCAGAAAGAAGUGAAGGUGUCAGUUUCCCAAAAAGCCACACUGAGCUGUGAAGUUUCUGACUCUAAGACUGAGGUGAAAUGGUUCAAGGAUGGCAAACAGUUGAGCUCCAGUAAGAGUGUCCACAUAGAGUCAAAGGGUACCAGCCGUCAGCUGGAACUGGAAAGCGUGGAGAAGAAGGAUGCUGGAGAAUACACCUGUGAAGUUGGAAAUGAGAAACUGGUCUUUAGGAUUAAGGUGGAAGAUGUCCCUGCCAAAUUCCAGAAGACAUCAGUGACAAAGGAUACACUGGUAGUAGAUACAACAGAGAAGAUUGUUUUGAAAACCGAAGUGACUUCUGAGAGUUGUAAUGUCAAGUGGUUCAGGGAUGGUGUGGAAAUAAAAGAAGGAUCAAAGUAUGAGAUAAAAAAAGAAGGUCGCUCACGUGUCCUUGUUGUGAAGUCUUCUGAUACCAAAGAUACUGGCACUUACUCCUGCCAGACUGUUGAUGACAAGAUGGAGUUCAAGGUUCAGGUCAAAGAGACACCUUUAAAGUUUGUGGUGCCUUUGCAGCCAGUGUGUGCAGUAUUAGAAAGCACCAUGAUCCUUUCCUGUGGUCUCAACAAAGAAACAGUUAACGUUCUUUGGAGGCAAAAUGGCAAGGAAAUCAAACCGGGUGGCAGGUACAGUAUCCGUACUGAUGGCACCAACUGCAUCUUGACUGUGUCUGCUGUGACUCAGGCGGACGAAGGUGAUUACAGCUGUGAAUGCAAAGAUGACAAGACCUCUACCAAAGUUACCACAAAAGCCCCACGUCUUGUGAGGUUCACUACCAAGCUAAACAACAUGGUUGCAAAUGAAGGCAAAGAUGCCAUUUUUAAAUGCUCCAUCACACCUUCUGAUGUAUCCGUCAAAUGGCUGCGUAAUGAUGUUCCCAUCCUAGCCAGUCCUAAAUUUAAGAUUGCUCAUGGAGGAAGCAGUCACUCCCUCACUAUCACGGCUGUUACUAAGGAGGAUGCAGGAGAGAUUAGUAUUGAUGCCGAAGGCAAAGUGUGCAAAGCCACAUUGCAAGUACAACAGCUUCCUGUGACCUUCAAAAAGAAGCUUGCAGAUAUCACAGUUCAGGAGCAGGAUACAGUUCGGUUCGAAGUGGAGCUCAGUAAACCCUCUACAGAUGUCAAGUGGAUGAAAAAUGGUGUGGUACUACAACCCGGUGGAAAUAUGGAGAUCCAUGUUGAUGGUGCCAAGCAGAUUCUGGUCCUCAAGAGUGUGGCAUAUGGUGACAGAGGCCACUAUUCCUGCGAAACCCUGGAUGACAAGACCCAGGCCAAACUAACAGUAGAGAUUAAGAAGAUUCAGGUGGUUAAAGGCCUGAAAGAGAUGAAAGUAAAAGAAAACGAUACUGUUACAAUGGAGGUGGAGCUCAGCAAGGCUGAUGUAGAAGGUUCAUGGACUAAAGAUGGCAAGAAACUACGGGUAGCAUCCAAUAUCCUCAUUUCAGCACUUGGCAACAAGCACUGCCUGACUUUGUCCCAGUUAAAGCUUAGUGAUGGUGGAACAAUCACAUUCCAGGCUGAGGAUGUUCAUACUUCUGGAAAACUCAUUAUUACAGAACCUGCUGCAAAAAUCCUCAGACCUCUUCAAGAUAUCAGUUGUCCAGAAAAGGAGAAAGUCACUUUUGAAUGUGAGGUGUCAAGAGCAAAUGCAGAUGUUAAGUGGUUUAAGGAUGAGAUCGAACUGAAGCCAGGAAAGAAAUACGGCAUCCAUUCCCAGGGCAACAAACGCAGUCUACUCAUCCACAAUUGUGCCUAUGAGGACCAGGGUCAAUAUAUAUGUAAAACAACAGAUGACAACACUUCCGCCAAGCUCACUGUUCAUGCUCGCGAUAUUAAGAUUGUGAAGCCACUUAAGGAUUUGGAGGUGACAGAGAAGGAGAGUGCAUCGUUUAUCUGUGAGAUCUCUCACGAUGAGGUAGAGGCUCAAUGGCACAAAGGAGACACAAAACUCAAAGCUGGAGACAACAUAAAGAUGAGGCAGGAGGACAGGACAUACGUUCUGCUCUUUAAAUCUGUGAAGGCUGAGGAUGCAGGCGAGGUCAGGUUCACAGCUGAGAAGGCAUCAUCGACUGCUAAACUGAAAGUUAAAGAGCUGCCUGUGAGAUUUGUGAAGAAACUGAGGGAGAAAAUCGCCAUGUACAAACACAAAGCGUACUUAGAGUGUCACGUGUCACGGGCUAGUGCUAAAGUCACAUGGUACAAGAACAAGACUCAGAUUAAACCCAGCAAAAAGCAUGAGAUUACCAGUGAGGACAUCUACAGGAAGCUCACCAUCAUUGAUGUGGACUCAGAUGAUGAGGAUACAUACACGUGUGAUGCCAUUGAUGAUAAGACGUCAUGUCAACUUCUUGUAGAGGAGCAAGCGAUCAGCAUAGUACGAGAGCUGAGUCCUGUAGAGGUGACAGAGCCCUUUGCCGCCCAUUUCGAGGUGGAAGUGAGCGUGGAGACGGUUAAGCCAGUGAAGUGGACACUAAAUGGGGAACAGCUGAAGGAGAGUGCGGAUAUCGAGAUAGAGAAAGAAGGAACUAUGCACCGCCUUACUUUUAAGAAGACCAAGGUCGCCAUGUCAGGCACUGUACAGUUCACUGCUGGCAAAAGCAAAUCUACAGCUGAGCUCACAGUUAAAGAGCGUCCUAUUGAAGUCUUGGAGCCACUCAAAGAUGCGAUAGCGAAAGAGAAGACAUCCAUUACACUGUGCUGUAAGUUUUCUGCCCCACCAAAAGAAGUGCAGUGGUUUAAGGGCCAAACUGCUUUGAAGGCUUCUAGCAAGUAUUUAAUAAGGCAAAAGGACGCCAGUGUGCAGCUGACCAUCCAGACCUUGAGCGCAGAGGACUCUGGAGAGUAUCGUUGUCGGGUUGGGGUCUGUGAGACCAAAGCCAAUCUUAAUGUAGAAGUGCGUAAAAUCCAGAUCACAAAGCAUCUAGCAGACCUGGUGAUAGAUGAAGAUGGCGAUGCUGUGUUCACAUGUGACAUCAACUAUCCUGAUGAAGAGGUCCAGUGGAUGCUCGAUGACAGACCACUCUUCAACAAUGAUGUCAAUUCCAUCACCCAUGUGGAUAAGACCCAUACCCUUACUCUCAAGAACCUUGCACCUAAGGAUGGUGGGAAGGUCUCCAUCAGCGUAAGGGAUGUGACAGAAACAGCCCUGCUAAAGGUUAAAGAGAAGAAGGCUGUAUUCCUGAAGUCUCUGGACGAUGUGGUUGCAGAGGAGAAGGGUACAGUUACUCUCAAGUGUGAAGCCUCAAAACCCAGGGUUGCCCCUGUGUGGCGUAAAGAUGGUACAGUCCUAGAAGCAAGCAAAAAGUAUGAGUUCCUCCAUGACGGAAAGACCUUGGGAUUGAUUGUCCAUGACAUCACGCAAGCUGAUGCUGGCGAGUACAGUUGUGAUCUUGGCACAGAUCUAGCAAAGUCCAAAGUCACUGUCAGAGAUAUCCAAAUCGGAAUAACCAAGCGUCUUAAGUCAGUAGAAGCCAAAGCAGGUGAAAGCUGCACAUUUGAUUGUAUCUUGUCCAGGGAAAGCUCAGAAAAGUGUACCUGGAGUCUAAAAGGCCAACCCGUCACUGAUGGUGGACGAUUUCAAAUAAGCAGCAGAGGACGCAAAUACACCUUAACAAUCAAAGGAGUCUCAGCUUCUGACUCUGGUGAGCUGAUCUUUUCCCUCAAGGACUUGAGCUCAAAGGCAACUUUGUCUGUUGAAGGUGAAGCUCCUACUAUUUCCAAAGAGCUUCAAAGUGUCAGUGUCAAAGCUGGUGAAGAUGCCACAUUCUCCUGUGAACUUUCUCAACCUGGACUGGACGUGAAGUGGUCCAAGGAUGGCAAGUCCAUUAGGAAAAGCCAGAAAUAUGAGAUCAGCCAGGCACAGACACUCGUAAGGCUGACUGUCCGCAAUGUCACUGACAAAGAUGCUGGUGAAUACAGCUGUGAAGUUGCUGGUGGUCCAACCUCAAAGGCUAAACUGGAGAUCAAAGAAAUGGCCAACAAAUUUAUUUGUGAGCUAAACGACACCACAGCGGAAGAGAAAAGUACCAUCUCUGUUGAAUGCGAGACAGCCCACCCUGCCUCUAAAGUCACCUGGCUCAAAGGAAAGAAGGAGAUCAUGACAGGAGGAAGGUACGAGCUGAUACAAAAGGGAACGGUCCUUAUCCUCAAAGUGAAGGAUCUUGAGAAGAGCGACAGUGAGGUAUACACCUGUGACAUUGGCUCUGCGAAGACUACAGCAAAGUUAACGAUUAAAGUGGUACCUGCAAAGUUCAAAGAGCAGCUGAAGAACCAACAGGUUACAGAGGGUGGGAAAGUCUUGCUUUCCUGUGUCCUCUCAAAACCUGACUGCCAAGUGCAGUGGAAGAAAGGAGGCGAAAGUCUUAAACAUGGUGGCAAAUAUAAGAUAACACAAAAGGACACUGUGUUUGAGCUAGAGAUUUCAGAUUUAGUGAUCGAGGACACUGGAGAAUAUGUCUGUGAAUGUGGAAACGAGAGGACAACAGCAAAUGUUGUUGUCAACGCAUUACCAGUGGUCUUCAAGCGUGAACUACAGAGCCAGGAGUGUGAAGAAGGAGACAGUGUUACGCUAUGUUGUGAACUCUCUAAACCUGGAGUUCCAGUGGUUUGGAGGAAAGGAACACAGGUGAUCCAUUCUGGGGAAAAGUACUACAUCAAACAAGCUGGACCACUUGUUGAGCUGAAGAUUGUUGAUCUUAAACCUGAAGAUGCUGGACAAUACACAUGUUUAUGUGGGGACAAAAAGACAACAGCAAACAUUAAGAUCAAGGCAUUACCUCUGAUCUUCAAACGUGAACUCCAAAACCAGGAGUGUGAAGAAGGAGGAAGUGUUACUCUUCAAUGUGAACUCUCUAAACCUGGAGUUCCUGUGGUUUGGAGGAAAGGAACACAAGUGAUCCAUUCAGGAGGAAAGUACCACAUCGACCAAGUUGGAUCUACUUUUGAGCUGAAGAUUACUGAGCUCAAACUUGAAGAUGCUGGAGUCUAUAGUUGUGAUUGUGGCUUUAACAAAACCUCAUCUACCAUUACCGUCAAUGAACUGCCAGUGGUCUUCACACAUGAGCUGAAGAACCUGGAGUGUGAUGAAGGAGGCAGUGCUACCCUGUCCUGUGAACUUUCCAAACCUGGCGUCCCUGUGCAGUGGAAAAAAGGAAGCCAGGUUAUCCAGUCUGGAGGGAGGUACAUCAUCAAGCAAACUGCAUCAAAAGUGGAGCUAAAAAUCAAUGAUCUUAAACCUGACGAUGAAGGAGACUACACGUGUGUAUGUGGAGAUAAGAAAAGCACAGCCAAUAUGAAGAUCAAGGUGCUGAAGGCUUCGUACAAACCAGGACUUCAAAAGCAGACAACUGAAGAGGCAUCAGUCAGUGUUUCAAAGUUCCUCAUUGCAUCUGCUGCCUCUGAAACAGACACCAUGUAUCAGAAGAGAGAAAAGGAGGAACAACUCAGUGUUCCAAAGUUCCUCACAGCAUCUGCUGCCCCUGAAACAGACACUGCGAAGCAGGAGAAAGAGAAGCAGGAACAACUCAGUGUUCCAAAGUUCUUCGCAGCAUCUGCUGCCCCUGAAAGAGACAUCCAGAAGCAGGAGAAAGAGAAGCAGGAACAACUCAGUGUUUCAAAGGUCCUUACUCCAUCUGCUGCCCCUGAAAAAGACAUCCAGAAGCAGGAGAAAGAGAAGCAGGAACAACUUAGUGUUCCAAAGUUCCUCGCUGCAUCUGCUGCCCCUGAAAUAGACAUCCAGAAGCAAGAGAGAGAGAAACAGGAAAUACCCAGUGUUCCAAAGUUCCUCACUGCAUCUGCUGCCUCUGAAACAGACACUGCGUAUCAGAAGAGAGAAAAGCAGGAACAACUCCGUGCUCUCCCAGUUCAAUUCAUGCAAGAACUUCUAAACCAAACAUGUGAUGAAGGCGGCAGUGUUACUCUGCACUGUGAACUCUCAAAACCUGGGGUCCCCGUGGUAUGGAGAAAAGGAAAACAGGUGAUCCAUUCUGGAGGAAAAUACAACAUUGUGCAAGAUGGGUCUACUGUUGAGCUGAAGAUCACUGAUCUAAAACCUGAAGACACUGGAGACUAUGCCUGUGAUUGUAAAGACAACAUCACCACAGCUAAAAUCAAAGUCAAUGCCUUACCAGUGGUCUUCAAGCAAGAGCUACAGAACCAGGAAUUUCAGGAGGGGGACAGUGUUACUUUGCAAAGUGAACUUUCUAAACCUGGGAUUCCUGUUGUAUGGAGGAAAGGAACCCAGGUGAUCCAUUCAGGAGAAAAGUACCUCAUCAAGCAAGUUGGGUCUAAUGUUGAGUUGAAGAUCACAAAUCUUAAACUUGAAGAUUCUGGAGACUAUGUUUGUGAUUGUGGAGACAACACCACCACAGCUAACAUCAAAGUCAAUGCUUUACCAGUGGUCUUCAAGCAUGAGUUGCAUAACCAGGAGGUUCAAGAGGGAGACAGUGUUACUCUGCACUGUGAACUCUCAAAACCUGAAGUUCCUGUGGUAUGGAAGAAAGGAACACAGGUGAUCCAUUCUGGAGGAAAAUAUGUCAUCAAGCAAGCUGGGAUUAUUGUUGAGCUGAAGAUCCUUAAACUUUCAUUUGAGGAUGCUGGAGACUAUGCAUGUGAUUGUGGAGAAAACAUCAGCACUGCCAACAUCAAAGUCAAGGCAUUACCAGUGGUCUUCAAGCAUGAGUUACACAACCAAGAGGUUCAAGAGGGGGACAGUGUUACUCUGCACUGUGAACUCUCAAAGCCUGAAGCUCCUGUGGUAUGGAGGAAAGGAACACAGGUGAUUCAUUCUGGAGGAAAGUAUGUCAUCAAGCAAGCUGGGCCUACUGCUGAGCUUAAGAUUACUGAUCUUAAACUUGUAGAUGCUGGAGACUAUGCCUGUGAUUGUGGAGACAAUGUCACCACAGCCAACAUCAAAGUCAAUGCAUUGCCAGUGGUCUUCAAGCAUGAGUUACAUAACCAGGAGGUUCAAGAGGGAGACAGUGUUACUCUGCACUGUGAACUCUCAAAACCUGGAGUUCCUGUGGUAUGGAAGAAAGGAACACAGGUGAUCCAUUCUGGAGGAAAGUAUGUCAUCAAGCAAGCUGGGUCUAUUGUUGAGCUGAAGAUCCUUAAUCUUGCAUCUGAGGAUGCUGGAGACUAUGUAUGUGAUUGUGGAGACAACAUCAGCACUGCCAACAUCAAAGUCAAUGCAUUGCCAGUGGUCUUCAAGCAUGAGUUACAUAACCAGGAGUUUCAAGAGGGGGACAGUGUUACUCUGCACUGUGAAAUCUCAAAACCUGGAGUUCCUGUGGUAUGGAGAAAAGGAACACAGGUGAUCCAUUCUGGAGGAAAGUAUGUCAUCAAGCAAGUUGGGACUACUGCUGAGCUUAAGAUUACUGAUCUUAAACUUGAAGAUGCUGGAGACUAUGCCUGUGAUUGUGGAGACAAUGUCACCACAGCCAACAUAAAGAUUAAUGCUCUUCCAGCCAUUUUUACACAAGACUUGAGGAACCAGACAGCUGUUGAAGGAGACAGCAUCGUCUUCCAGUGUCAGCUCUCCAAACCAGACGUUACCGUUGAGUGGCGCAGGGGUGAAAUUGGCCUGUGUCCCUGUGCAAAAUAUGAAUUCAAGCAUGAUGGCCACCAUGUUCAGCUGGUCAUACAUGAUCUUGAACCUUCUGACUCUGGUGACUACAUUUGUGACAGUGGAGAUCAGCAAAGCCAUGCACAUCUUGAAGUUAAGGCUCAGCCGGUUCUUUUCAAAACGGCUCUGCAAAAUCUGGAUACUGAGGCUGAGGGAAAUGCAGUUUUUAGAUGCGAACUUACCAAACCUGGAGCCAAAGUCACUUGGAAGAAAAACAAUUGUGUAUUGGAAGCAAGCAGCAAAUAUCAACUCAAACAGGAUGGGGCAGAGGCCGUUCUUAUUAUCCACAAACUGCAGGGAGGAGACUCUGGAGAAUAUUCCUGUGAGACAGAACAUGAUCGGACGUCUGCCAGACUCAUUGUGAAUGAGCCUGAAAUCGUGGUCUUAACUGGUCUGAAGAGCUGCAUUGUCAAUGAAGGUGAGGAUGUCCAUUUUGAAUGCCUUGUCUCUCAUGACAAUGCACCCAUUGUUCAGUGGACACUUCAAGAUAUUCCACUUCAGAACAAUGAGAUGAAUGAAAUCCAAAAAGAGGGCAAAAGACACACGCUCACACUACGAGGUGUAACCCAGAAGGACUCAGGGACAGUGUCCUUCCAUGUGGGUUCCCACACUUCUUUCGCUUGUCUUACGGUCAAAGCAAUCCCUGUGCAAUCAUUUGUGAAGGACUUGUCUAGCCAAGAAGUCGAUGAAGGAGACAAUGCCACAUUAUGUUGUGAGACUUCAAUCCCAGAUGCAAAUGUGACCUGGAAAAAAGGAACACGUGUCCUAUCCGAUGGACAGAAGUAUUCUAUAAAGAGGCAAGGCACAAUUCAAACCUUGGUGAUCCAUAAGCUAUCCGUAGAAGAUGGUGGAGAGUACAUAUGUGAAGCUGGAGACAAACAGAGCAAAGCCACACUGACUGUCAAAGAGUAUGUAAAAAUCACUCAAGAAUUAAAGGAUGUGACUGUGAUAACGGGCGAAGAUGCAGUCUUCCAGUGUGAAGUGUCCCAUUCAGGGAUUACGAAUGUCGAGUGGUGGCUCGGCUCCAACCACCUUCAAAACAAUGACUUGAAUCAAAUCAGCUGCAGAGGAAGGGAACACAGCCUAGUGCUGAAAAUGGUCACACCAGAUGAUUCAGGUGAUGUAGCUUUUGUGGUUGGCCAAGAGAAGACCGUCGCCUACUUGAUGGUUCAGGAGAAACCCAAAGUCAUAUUCUUAGAGAAGCCUCUGGACAUAACUGCCAACGAGGGUCAAACAGUCACCUUAUCCUGCAUGACCUCCGACCCUGAGGCCUCUGUCACCUGGUACAGAGAUGAGGAGAUGAUAAAGGCAGGGAGCAGGUAUCUGCUUUACAAGGAUAGAGCUGUUCAUCAACUCCGCAUCCUUAGGGUGGAGGAAGGAGAUGCAGGGCUGUAUACUUGCAAAACCAAAGAUGCAGAAAGCUGCGCCACCCUUACUGUAAAAGAACAACCUGCGUUCUUCCGCAAGGAAUUAGAAAACCAGAAGGCAACAGAGGGAGAUAGCAUAUCCUUGCGCUGUGAGCUCUCUAAGCCGGGUAAAAAAGUAGAGUGGAGAAAGAGUGGAGUGGUGCUUUAUCCCAGUAGGAAAUAUGAAAUGAUACAGGAAGGAUGUGUACUGGAGCUCCAUGUCCAUGAUCUGGAUCCAGAGGACAAUGGCUACUACACAUGUGAUGCUGGAGACCAGCUGACCACAGCAUCAGUCACAGUCCAAGAGACUGAGGUCCUCAUAGUGUCGGGUAUAAAGAAUACAGAUGUGUUUGUGGGCGAACAGGCAGUUUUCUCCUGCCAGCUCUCUCGCCGUGCAAAAGGCAGAGUUCAGUGGUGGCUAGACGGCACUCGUUUGGAGAACAAUACCUUCAGUGAGAUAAGUGUAGGUGAAGAUCAUGUCCACACCCUUACCCUAAGGAACCUCUCUCCUAAUGACUCGGGAACAGUCCUGUUCAAAACAGGUGCCCUGACAUCCUCUGCCAAGCUGUUAGUGAAAGAUCCCAAUGUGGAGGUGGUCAGUGCCAUGGAGGACCAACAUGUAGCAGAGAACCAGCCUGCAGAGUUCAUCUGUCAGUACUCCCGGCCAGUCAAGGCUGUAUGGAAGCAAAAUGGCUUACCUGUGCAAGCCGAUGGUCGCAGGGUAAUAGUGGAACAGGACUGGACAGUUGCGCGGUUGUACAUUAGCUGUGUGGAACCCCAGGAUGGGGGACUUUACUCCUGUGAGGCAGAAGGGACUUCUGUGGUGGCGCACCUAAGGGUGCAAGCCAAACCCAUUGAAAUUGUCCAGGAACUGAGUAAUGUAGAGACCAUUAAUGGCGGGGAAGUACUUUUUGAAUGUGCCUUAUCUCGCCCUGAAAUCAAAGACUGCCGGUGGCUACUCAAUGACCAGCCUCUGAAGGAGUCUGCAAAUGUGGAGAUAGUUUCUUUUGAGAGUGGUCGGCGCCAUCUUCUGCUUUUAAAAGAUGUGCAUCCUUGUGAAAAUACAAGAGUUACAUUCCAAGCUGGCACAGCAACAACUACUGCCCUUCUGUCUGUUAAAACCUGGCAAGUGAAGGUGGUCAAGCCUUUGGAGGAUAAGACGGCCAUUGCAGGAGAGCAAGUGGAGUUCACUUGUGUUUUGAAUGAAGCUGUGCCAGAAAGUGAAGUGACUUGGUAUGCUAACAGUGUUGAACUUCAACGUGAUGACAGCUGGACCAUGAGAGUCAGUGGCUCUUCAUACAGCCUAAUCUUGAAGAAAGCAAAUGCUCAGCCAACACAGGAAAUCACUUUUGCAGCUCGUGAUGCCUUAUCAAUGGCCAAACUCACCGUAAUUACUGUGCCUGAUCCACCUGAAGACCCAGAGUUGGUCAGUAAAGGCCCAACUUUCGUUACACUUUCUUGGUUCACCCCCCUCAAUGAUGGUGGAAGCCCAAUCCUGGGUUACCGUGUAGAGAUGCGUCUUGUAGACAGUGUCCUCUGGCUGCCCUGCCAUACAGAACCAGUGUGCAACACUGAAUUUCUGGUUGAGAACCUCAUUCCAGGAGCAGGUUACAGGUUCCGUGUUGCAGCAAUUAAUUGUGCGGGCAUUGGUGAACACGUCCAAUUACCUCAAACCGUAAAACUUGAUGCACCAGUGACCAUUACCAAAAUGUUAGGCAGCUCUGAGAUCCAAAAAGGAAAGAUAGUUCGUUUGGAAUGUGAACUUUCUGCAGAGAACAAACCAGUCACAUGGCUCAAAGACAACAGAGAGAUAGAUGUUGGGGUAAAGUACCAAGUAGUUACAGAUGGCAAGAGCCAAGUUUUGCUCAUAAAGGAUUUUCAGUCUGCAGACCAGGGUGCCUAUUCUUGUGUGGCCUCAGAGGAGGCAAAGACCUCACUCAACCUAAACCUUAAAGAUAACACAACAGUUUCUGAGGAUGUGGGUAGCCAACCCACACUACCUCCUGAAGCUGCUUCUGAGGGAGAUUUGCACGAUCUGUGGGAGGCAGUGGCCAAGAAGCGAAGAAUGAGCCGAGAACCCACAUUAGAUUCGAUUUCGGAGCUGCCAGAAGAAGAUGGAAAAGAAAAGGCAAAAGGGGGUACAGUACCUGAGAAAGAAGUAAAAGGGAAGGAAAGACUUGUUGAAGCACCUCCCAAAUUAAAACCAGAGCCUAAUCUCUACACCAGUUCUGAUGAAGACUCUCUCAGUGGGACAAGCCUGGUGUCUUACCUUAAGAAAACCAGCAAAUCUUCUGGAGCUGUGGAAAGUUCCACUGAGACUAACGCCUCCAAGAAACUGUUUGAGCACUUCCAAAUGACUGAACAGUCAGCUUCACAGACAACUGUGGAGCCCCUCAUGGAGGCUAAUAAAGGCGAUGAAUUGCUAGAUGCUGCUGUCAAAAUUCAAGCAGCCUUCAAAGGUUAUAAGGCCAGAAAGGACAUGCGACCAGUCUUUAAAGAAGUAUUCAAGGAUCAGUCAAAAGAGCCUAAUGGGACUAUUCAUCUAGAGUGCAUUGUGGAAGGAAAGCCUGAAAAAGUUCGCUGGCUGAAAGAUGGUGAACCCUUAACAGAUGGCAAGCACUACCAUAUAGACAUCUAUAACGAUGGCACCUGCUCUCUAGUAGUGACAGCUGCCACGACUAAAGAUACAGGUGUUUACACUUGUGAAGUCACCAAUAAAUUUGGCGUGUCAACACACAGUGGAAAAGUCACUGUGGGUACAUCGAGAGAAUCUUCUGGGCGACGACCACUAACAUUGGGCUACAGUGCAGAUAGUGAACCUGAGAGCUCCUCAGGAAGCGAGAUGGAUGAGACUUUACGUCAGGCAAGCAAACGUUUACGCCGGCUUUGGCGCACCCGUCUUCCUCCAGAUGUGGAGGAGGAACCUUUUGUGAGUGCUGAUGAAGGAGAUCUACCACCACCAGAUCUACAGUCAUACCGGGAAGAUGACCAGUAUAUCUACAUUCGCUUUGAUAAUUGUAGUGAAGCUCAAGUGGCUUCUCAGCGCUUCCAGGAAAUGUUUACUUAUCAAGGAGUGCCCAUUGAAACCGCCAUCAUAGAAGCAGGCAUUAAGGUAGAGCUGCGUAUCACAAAGAUGGGCGCAUCACAAGACGGCUCCCUAACCCCAACUCAGGAAAGUCCAACGCCUAGUUUUGUGACAGCACCUCCUGCGGCCCCCAUCUUCCUCACGGAGCUCCGUAGCCAGGAUGUUCCGGAUGGAUUUCCAGUCAGUUUUGACUGUGUGAUCACUGGCAAGCCCCAUCCCACGGUGCGAUGGUUCAAGGAUGGAAAGCUGUUGGAAGAGAAUGACCACUACAUGAUCAAUGAAGACUUGGAUGGCCGCCAUCAGCUUAUUAUCACAGCUGUUCUCCCCACAGACAUGGGCGUAUACCGAUGCAUGGCUGAAAAUGACAGUGGCAUCGCCUCCAGCAAGGCUGAGCUAAGGGUGGACAUGUCAUGCAGUUCAGAUUAUGACACUGCAGCUGAUGCCACAGAAACAUCGUCAUACGUCAGUGCUAAAGGUUAUGUGUCUAGCUCAGAGCACAGAGACACAGAGGCCUUUGAGUCGGUAGCAGAGGAUGAACAGCUUCCCCAGGUUGUGGAUGAGUUACAUGAUCUUAUCCUCAGUCCUGGAGCACCAAUUGCCAAAUUGAGUGUUACAGUCAAAGGAUUUCCUACUCCAAGGGUUUAUUGGUUCAAAGAUGGCACCCCAAUUCAAGCAUCCAGCAGAAUUUCUUUGUCAUCCAAGCGAGAUGUGCACAGUCUUGAGAUUUUGGAUGUUAACCGAGAGGACAGUGGGGAGUACUCGGCAUACAUUAGCAAUAUUGCUGGCUCCGCCUAUUCUUCAGCACGAUUAAGUGUAUUGGGUCCUGGAGAGCGCCUAAUGCCUGAACAAGUAAAAAUGAGAGAAUCAAAGGUGCCACUUGUGCCACCACGCUUCCUAGAGAGGUUCAGCAACAAGAAGGUGAAACAAGGAGCAAGUAUAACGCUGUCAGCCAAAGUGGAAGGUUCCCCGACUCCAUCGGUGAACUGGUUAAAGGAAGUGUCAGAGAAAGAUGUUUUGUGGAUCAAGGCAGACACACCAGGUUACAAGGUGGCCAGUUCUGGUCGUCAGCAUAGUCUAAUCCUCAUGGAAGUGGGAAAGGAACACAGUGGCAUGUAUACCUGCAUUGCCACCAACCGUGCUGGACAGUCGGUCAACACGGCCAGACUGGACGUUGAGCCUGCACCAGAACAAAAGGCCAAAGUGGGACCAGAGGUUCUUGGAAUUACCAUCAGCCCACCUCACGAAGGAGAGAUCAAACUACCUUACAUGGGUGAAGUGGGUUCAGAGGAAUUUCUACAAAAGCUCACAACGCAAAUCACAGAAAUGGUAUCUGCCAAGAUCACUCAAGGUUCAUUACGUGUCCCAGGAGCAGACAGUGAUGAUGAAACAAAAACACCUUCCCCAUCUCCCUACCACGGCCGGUCACGCCCCGCUUCCCUCAUCGCAGACUCAUCAUCCGAGUCUGAUGAAGGAGAUGCCAGAGGAGAGAUGUUUGAUAUAUAUGUGGCGACUGCUGACUAUACCCCUAUGGGCAUCAGUAAAGAGGCCAUCGCUCUGAAAGAGGGCCAGUAUGUAGAGGUCUUGGAUUCUGCUCAUCCACUUAAAUGGCUGGUUCGCACCAAACCAACCAAAUCCACCCCAUCUCGGCAGGGAUGGGUGUCACCUGCAUAUCUCGACAAGAGGCUGAAGCUGUCUGCAGAUACAACAGACCUUCCAGAAACCACCAAAGAGGAAGUCACCGAGACAGAAUACAAGAAGAAACGCUGUCAACUCAUUCAGGAGCUGAUCAACACAGAGGCUGAGUUUCUGAAGGAAGUCGAGUUCUUCACAUCACACCAUCUGAAGCAUGUUGAAGAAGAGAGCGCACCACCUCAUAUCGCUAGCCAGAAGGAAACCAUCUUUCGUAACAUCAACGAUUUGAAAGCUUUCCACAGCAGCUCUUUGUUGCCUGGUCUGCGAGAGUGCGACACAGAUGACGACGUUGCUAUGCAUUUACUGAAAAACUCUGAAGGUUUUGAGAAAUAUCUACAGUACCUCACUGGACAGACCCAAGCUGAGUCCAUCAUCAGUGAGAAAGAUGUGUAUCAAUACUUUAAGGAUUAUACAGUCACUGAGUUGGCAAAUGUUGACCCUUCUGAAGGUCCUGUUUUGAGUAUAAACGCUUACGUUGAGAGACCGCUGGAGAGAAUUCAAAAAUACAGAGCUUUGCUGAAGGACAUGAUACGGAACAAAGCGAGGAACGGUCAGAACUGCUGCUUGCUGGAGCAGGCCUACGCCAUGGUGUCAUCUCUGUCCCAGCGCUCGGAGAACACACAUCACGUGUCCCUCAUAGAGAAUUACCCCGCCAAUCUGGAAGCACUGGGAGAACCUAUUAGACAGGGGCCUUUUAUAGUUUGGGAAGGUGCUCCUGGAGUUCGGACAUCAUCUAGAGGUCAUCACCGUCAUGCCUUCCUUUUCAAAAACCAUGUGGUCAUCUGCAAGCAGAAGAGAGAGACAAGCACAGACAGGCAAACAUAUGUCUUCAAGAACAUGAUGAAGCUGACAAACAUUGAUGUGAAUGAGACUGUGGAGGGAGAUGAAAGAGCGUUUGAGAUCUGGCACGAGCGAGAGGAUUCGGUGAGAAAAUAUACACUGCAGGCUCGAACCGUUAUCCUGAAAAACUCCUGGCUCCGUGACCUCCGGGAUCUUCAGCAACGCUAUAGCAUGCCAACGUGGUGCCCUCCAGAUUUUGACUCGGUGCUAACCGAUUUCACGGCAGAACUUGGACAGACGAUUAAACUCGCCUGUAAGGUCACCGGUGUUCCCAAACCACAGGUCACCUGGUAUAAAGAUGGGCGUCCUGUACAGGUGGAUCCUCAUCACAUCAUCAUCGAGGAUCCUGACGGCUCCUGCACGCUUAUAUUAGACAACAUGACGGCAAACGACUCGGGACAGUACAUGUGCUUUGCCACCAGCUCUGCGGGCAACGCCAGCACACUCGGCAAAAUCACUGUACAGGUACCCCCACGUUUUGUGAAUAAGAUCAGGAAUGCCACCCUUAUUCCAGGAGAGGAUGCUCAGUUUAGCAGCGUCAUUCAAAGUGCACCAAGUCCCAAGAUAAGAUGGUUUAAGGAUGGUAAACUACUGACGGACCAGGAGAAGUAUCAGACGUACAGUGAAUCCCGAAGUGGAGUUCUGGUUCUGGUUAUUAAGAACCCUGGAGAACGAGACCUGGGACAAUACGAGUGUGAGCUGUCGAAUCGUCUGGGCAGUGCCAGGUGUGCAGCUCAGCUCGUCACUCCUGCUGUGGCAAUGGCUGAAAAACGGAGAGGGGAUCAGGCCAUCUCUAUAGAAGUAAUGGAACAGGAGACAAAAGGGCCAAAGAAAACCAUAAUUAUUGAGGAGACCAUCACCACCGUGGUGAAGAAUACUCGCAUGAAACGUCACGCCUCGCCCCGACCCUCCCCUAUGGGUGCUCUCCGUUCUGAGACAUCCACACCCGAACCGCCCAGACAAAGACGACCACCAGCUAGAAAGACCGUACCCACAGUAUAUGUCCAGGAGCCUGAAGGAGCCACAGCCAGGAACCCCAAAUGGGUGGAGGUGGAGGAGAUAAUCGAGUAUAAAGUGAACAAAUCACCUAGGCUACAAAGAAGAAGGGGUGUCUCCCCAGGCAAGCGCUCACCACUUGUAAAUCCAAACACUAAUAACUCCAACAACAAGUUGGUGGAGUCUGAAAUGACUUUACAAGCUACUCCUGGAACGAAUGAAGAAGACACUUCACCAAAUGUGUCGGAAGUAACAACGGGGGUUGACGAUAUGCUGACAACAUACAUGCCAAAUAGCGAAGAAAUCUCCGAUCUAGAUGAUGACAAUGAAGGAACUAUUGUCCUGGAACCAGAAGAUGAUCAGGAUGAGCUCGGUGCACGAGAUUGCAAAAUCCUGACUCAUGGGAAUCAAGUUCUCACCCUUGAAGAUCUCGAAGAUUACGUCCCUCAGGAAGGUGAAACUUUUGGAAGCGUUACAGACCAGCAUGGAGCCGUUGAGACGCCCUGUGAGAUCUCCGUCUUGCAGAGGGAAAUUAAUGAACCUGUCGUCGGCAAACCCGUUCUGUUGAAUGUAGGCCGCCCCGUGGCACCCGUAAGGCCUCGCAUGGGCUUCUUCGGCUCCUUCAGGGAGCACAUUUCCAGCAUGUUUACUCCAGGUGCUUCGGCAAGCGGCGGCUCUCGGCCAAAGCGAGAGAAGACCAUACCUAUUCACGUGAUGGGAGAAUCUUCAUCCAGCUUUGCGAGGAUCGAGGUCAAACCGAAGUACUGCUCGGAGGUUCAGAGAGGAAAGGAAGGAGGCCAGCAAAGCUUCAAAACGCAGGUUUCUGCACAAACCCGCAGCUACCAACCAACGGAAGUUACUCUUCAGAUCCCACAGAGGAACCCAUUUGACAAGCAGUAGUCGGGGAGGAAUCCGGAAAAACUGUAGAAGUAAUCUUCUUGUCCUUCUUUAAUGCUUGUCCUCCAGCAUACAACAUCUGGACAUAUAGUAGCUGGGAUCAUCCUUUGUAAAAUCUUGCCUAAAGGUCUGGGAGUAAACAUCAAUCACAAGGCUCAUUCCAUUUUAAAGUGACUCUUAUUCUUAAGGGUUCAGUUGCAAAACUCACCUUUAUAUCCUAUCCAAGACUUUCUGACGACUUGAGUUUCCUCAAGCGUGUUAUCCAAUAUGCAGCUGCGCUUGGGAACAGUGGGCAGUUUGAUAUAUGUGAACAUGCAAAUAUGGACGAUACAACUAAGGAUAGACUCCUGACAAACUCCUAAGAAAUACUCUUGGAAGUAAAGCAGUAUCUAUGCAUAUUAAUAGAAUUGCCAAAGACAAUUUUAUAAGAGAGUUAUUUCCAGCCUGAUCUCAGGAAUUUGUAUGUAUUUUACGAAUUGGCUCAUUUGCAUGUAUUCGUACAAAGUGAAAAACAAAAGCCUAAUUUCGGCAAUUCCUACGGAUUUUAUGAGUUGGCUAAUUCUUAUAAAUUCGUACGAAGUGAAUCGUAUAAAAUCAAAAGACUGAUCUUAGGAAUUCGGACGUAUUUCAUGAAUUGGCUUUUUGCAUGAAUUCGUAAAAUAAAACAAUUCAUGCAAAUUCCUACGGAUUUUAUGAGUUGGCUAAUUCGUAUAAAUUCGUACGAAGUGAAUCGUACAAAAACAAAAGCCUGAUCUCAGGAAUUCGUACGUAUAUUUUAGAAAUUGGCUAACUCAUAUUCGUACGAACUGAAUCGUACAAAAACAAAAGCCUGAUCUCAGGAAUUUGUACGUAUUUUAUGAGUUGGCUAAUUCGUAUGAAUUCGUACGAAGUGAAUCGUACAAAAACAAAAGCCUGAUCUCAGGAAUUCGUACAUCUUUUACGAUUCGAGUAAAUCGUAUGAAUUCGUAUAAUGUGAAUCGUACAAAAACAAAAGCCUGAUCUCAAGAAUUUGUACGUAUUUUACGAGUUGGCUAAUUCGUACGAAGUGAAUCAUACAAAAACAAAAGCCUGAUCUCAGGAAUUCGUACAUCUUUUGCGAGUUGGGUAAUUCGUAAAAAUUUGUACGAAUUGAAUCGAACAAAAACAAAAGCCUUAUCUCAGGAAUUCGUAUGUAUUUUACAAGUUGGUUAAUUCGUAUAAAUUUGUAUAAAGUGAAAAACGUUUGAUUAUUAUAAAGGACAAUAAUGAAACCCCACCCCAACGUCACAGCAGCAAAAGCAAAUCGUAUAAAAACAAGUGUGGUCGUAUGAAUUAGCCACCUCAUAAAAUACGUACGAUUUGCCAUGAGAUUGCAUUGUUAUUUCUGUGCUUAAUAUACAUUGUUUGAGAGUAUUUAUUUUGAUGGCCAACAUCUCUUAAACCAAGAAGUUUGUAAACUUUUUUGGUUUAAUACAAAUACGAAUUUCAUCACAUCUAAGGUCUGUGUUGCUGUGUGUGAUGCACCAGGUACCAAGACCUUGAAGACUUCAUCUUGCACUGAAACAUUUAACAUUUUAGUUUUACUGUAAGCAUGUGUUCAUAUGAACGUAUGGGGUUUUGUAGCCUUACAAAGAUUAUUUGACGUUCACCUUAAGAACCAUGUAACACAAAAUUGAUUUUAUGACUUUAGAUUUAUUUUAAAAAGUAUUUCUUGUGCAACAUGAUUUAAUGCACAUAGUAUUUACAAGAUUGAAAAGGUUUGGAGAUGCAGUUUACUGGAGUAAUGCCUAGUAUAUAAAACUUGUUUGAAUAAUAGAAACAAAUAUUUAUUUUGUGUCAACACAAAUGUGUGUGUGUAACAUAAUUUAUAUGGUUUCAGUGGGUCUGCAGUUUUGGAUAACGUAAAAUAAAUUAGACCUAAUAAACUUAAAUUCUGAUGUUGUUGAUGUUGUGAAAUAGAGUAUAGAUUUCUUCCUAAUAUGAACUGUGUCACAGAGAAUGUUAUGAAAGCAAUAAAAUAAUCUCUGUUUACUAUA